CGCCGAAAUCAUCGACAUGGCAAGGGAGAUCAUCAAGACCGACAGGGCAGCUACACACGAGAAAUCAGCAUCUGGUCCGCGUCCACAACAUGUCGCUGCAGUCCAACCGGACAACAUUGUGGAAGACCCGGCAGACACCCAAGCAUCACGUGAGGGAGAUCAAGUGGCUGUUGUCCAGCCGCGAAGCAACAACAAGUCCCGAGGAAACGGGAAGGCGAAAACCGCAUAGCCAGCCGGAAACGGACAGCCAGCACCAUGGGUCACAGCGCCAAGCACAAGACCUCCCAAUGCCCAGAUCAAGGCAAGGAGGAUGUUCGGCCUCGCAUCAACUCGGGAAACUGAGUUGCUCGGGAGGUGAGGCGACUCCACCUCUCACUCCGCCAGAUUCGACGGCCUUGCUAGCGGCCUCCUACACAUCUGGGGAGGAUGCGAAUGUCGCAAGUUCUCGGUACACUUACGAGGACUAUGAUGUCCACUUGGUCCCACCGUUGGACCAACCACUCCACGUGCAACAAUCCACCGCAUGCACGGUUUCACUACCAUCGGCAACCGAGUCGGCAGCUUCGCCGCCAUCUAUAGUCGAGGAUUCGACGACAUGGUCAAGACUUGAAGAGCUCGACCCGUUGACAUUUGCGGACUUCCAAUGGAUGCCCCUUCCCCGGUCCGGUCGAUUGUCGAAACCGCAUUGCAACGUGCUCAUGGCACAAUUGCGGGAUUACUUGCACACUACAGUACCAACUCCGUUGAUGGACGUCGGAGUAGAGGUUGUCGACCUUCCCAAUUACAUUGCGAAGAUCGACCGCGAGUUCAGGACACAAUGGUACGACGACAUCGACGCACCAUUGUUAUACGACCUACAGCGCUUUGAUCGAUUGCGGAGCAUCUCGCAACUACAUGAGCCAGUACUUUAUGGUAUGCACGUCCGGAGGAAGUCCCAGCCUACGCAAGUCACGUUCGCAGACGGUCACAAGCACAAGUCAAUCGACCGGUGCAUAGAUAACGUCCCCGUGUACUUUGCCCCGCAUGCAAGCGAGGCGGUGUCCUCUGAUAUUUUGGACACCAAAUUCGACAUGAUCUUGGGCAUGUCAUGGCUGCGAAGCGAGGAUCACCCGGUGAACUUCUACCGCCGCACAGCUCACAUUCGUGAUCGGAACAGAGUACUAAUCCCAUGCACAGUGCCUUCUCCUCACCCUUCGAUCAGCUGCCACGUGGUGUCCGCCGCAAAUAUGCGAGCUUCCAUCAUGGGGGAGGACCGCUACAAGACUGCGUUUACGACGCGAUAUGGGCAUUUCGAAUGGCUGGUUAUGCCGUUUGGCCUUACGAAUGCCCCAGCCACUUUCCAAGCGGCUAUGACAACAGAGUUCCGACACAUGCUGGAUCGAUUCGUACUAAUCUACCUCGAUGAUAUUUUGGUGUACAGUCGGAGUUUGGACGAGCAUGUGGAGCACAUGCGCACCGUUUUGGAGCGGCUACGACAAGCCAAGUACAAAGCCAACCACAACAAAUGUGAAUUCGCGCGGCAGGAGCUGGAGUACUUGGGACACUAUGUGACGCCGCAAGGCAUCCGUCCGCUUGCGGACAAGAUCGAGGCCCUCCGCGUAUGGCCCGAGCCCACCAACACCACGGACGUCCGUUCAUUCAUGGGGUUGGCGGGCUACUAUCUGCGAUUCAUCACCGGGUACUCAAGGAUUGCUGCACCUAUGACGAGAUUACAAUCGCCAAAGGUGCCAUUCGUGUUCAAUGAUGACACACGCCGGUCAUUCCAAGCACUCAAGACGGCCAUGCUCAUGGCACCCGUCCUUAGCAUCUACGACCCCACCCUGCCAACAAGAGUGACAAUCGACUCUUCCGGCUAUGGCAUUGGGGCAGUCUUGGAACAACACGACGACGACGAUUGGCACCCUGUGAAGUAUUUCAGCCACAAAGUGCCUCCCAUCAAUUCACUUGAUGAUGCAAGGAAGAAGGAGCUGCUCGCGUUCGUGAUGGCUCUCAAGCGAUGGCGGCACUUCCUACUUGGGCGUCGUAGGUUCACAUGGGUCACGGACAACAACCCAUUGACCUACUACAAGACGCAGGAUACGGUGAGCAGCACGAUCGGACGAUGGAUGUACUUCAUCGACCAAUUUGACUUCACACUGAAACAUCUCCCCGGCCUCUCCAAUCGCGCAACAGAUGCACUCUCGCGAAGACCUGAUCUUUGCGCUAUAACACAUCAUGCUUUCGCAUUUGACGAGGAACUCCAGCGACACUUGAUCCGGAGCUAUGAGUCUGAUCCGGACUUCGCCACGUUGUAUGCACAACUCUCUUCGGAUCACCCGCCGGCCAGCCACUAUCGCAUUGCCGACGGGUACUUGCUCCUCCACUCGAGAGGCAAGGACUUAUUGUUUUGCCGACGAAGCAAGCCCCGCAAUCGCAACCCCUACGACGAGUUGCACCCGAUGCCUAUCCCACGGGAACCCGACCUCUCCAUUGCCAUGGGUGUCACCGGACCAUUUCCCCGUGAUCGCCUCGGGCACGACGGCAUCCUCACGGUCGUGGACCGAUUGAGUAAGUACACGCGUUUUCUCCCUUGCAAGUACUACUCCACGGCUCCCGAGCUAGCACGCCUCUUGCACACCGGCUCGAUUUGCGGCCACGGUGUACCGGAAGACAUAGUCAGCGACCGCGACACUCGCUUCAUGUCGGCAUUUUGGACUGCUCUCAUGCAGGAGUCCGACACGAAGAUGAAACCAAGUUCGGCUCGACAUCCACAGACGGACGGGCAAACGGAGCGGACACAUCAAACCGCUCAAAUGAUGCUUCGUACACUCAUCCGUCCAGACAAGAAAGAUUGGUUUGACCGCCUCCCCGACAUCAAGUUCGCCUACAACACUUCGGUGCACCCGGCGAACGGCGUGACUCCAUUCGAGUUGCACCACGGUGGACGGAAAGGCCGUAUCUUCGCCGACCUUCUCCUCCCACGACCAGCCGACAUCGACGCCGCUUGCACUCUCGCUUUCGUCCGGAAGUACAGGGAAGUGUUGGCUCAAGCCCGUGCAAACAUGCAAAAGGCUCAAGUCUGCAUGCAGCAGCAAGCCAACAGGCGUCGCAGGCCAUGUCCUAUUCGCGCCGGUGAUCUGGUUUGGGUCUCCGCGGAAGAGUUUGCACUGGAACAAGAUGUUNAGCAGCAAGCCAACAGGCGUCGCAGGCCAUGUCCUAUUCGCGCCGGUGAUCUGGUUUGGGUCUCCGCGGAAGAGUUUGCACUGGAACAAGAUGUUUCACGCAAACUGCUUCCCAAGUGGUUUGGACCAUGGCCCGUAACAUCAGCCGCGGGCGAUGAUUCCAAUGGCCCUUCAUUUGGGAUCAACAUCCCCCCGCAUCUUACAGUCCAUCCAGUCUUUCACGCCUCGAAGCUGGCGACAUACACACCAGCUAAGAGCGACGACUUCCCGGGCCGACGAUCGCAGGACCCCCCUCCUAUGGAUGGUCAUCUGGAAGUUGACCGCGUCAUCACCGAUCGCAAGUACGUCAGCAAGCCUCGACAGUACAAGGUUACAUUCAAAUCAUGUUUCAGCCUGACAGCCUGAAAACCAGGGCCUACAGGCCCCAUGUCGUUUCAGCCUGACAGCCGAAAAACAAGGGCCUAUAGACCCUCAGGCUUUAGCCA